AUGUCCGAUGAUAGAAAAGCGAAAUCUCAUACACAUUUUCUACUUGUUAUCAUCUCUCCUGAUGAGAAGAACCUCAACUCUGAUGGGCCACUUGUGAAGGAUAGAUACGUCACUAAUGGAGGCACCUUCAACGCGUUCCUCUGCCGUUCUCAAAGAGAUCUCGGAAGUCCAUCAGUGCUCUGGCGUGGCUUUGUAAGCAUGAAACUAACACUGCAAUGGUUACUAACAGCAACCAUUGCAUCUUGCUAUAAGGAGUCAGUGUAG